GGAGUGGGGGGGAGGCGCGCGGCCGGCGCGGGGCGCGCAGCCGGGCUCGGAGCGGAGCGGGCGAAGAUGGAAGGGGCGUCCUUCGGAGCGGGCCGGGCCGGGGGCGCCAUCGACCCCGUGGAUUUCCUGAAGCAGCCGCAGACCAUCCUCCGGGUCACCACCUGGAUCUUCUCCAUCGUGGUGUUUGGCUCUAUCGUGAACGAGUGCUAUGUGAAUAGAGACGGCCAGAACCCCGAGCUGCUCUGCAUCUUCAAUGAGAAUGAGAGUGCCUGCAGCUACGGCAUUGCCGUUGGCAUCAUUGCCUUCUUUGGCUGUGUCUUCUUCUUUGUUGUGGACCUCUACUUUCAGCAGAUCAGCAGCGUGAAGGACCGCAAACGGGCUGUCCUGCUGGACCUUGGCUUUUCAGGUUUCUUGGCCUUCCUGUGGUUUGUAGCCUUCUGCUUCCUAGCAAACCAGUGGCAGCGGACAACGAUGAGCAGAGGGGCUUUGCAAGGAGCUGACGCCGCCCGGGCAGCAAUCACCUUCUCUUUCUUCUCCAUCAUCGUCUGGGUCGUGCUGGCGGUGCGGGCACUGCAGAGAUACCGCCUGGGGACGGACAUGUCGCUCUUUGCCACCGAUCAGUUCACCACCGACCCCAACGCGGCGUACCCCGGCUACCCCACGGGCAGCGGCAUCGAGAGCACAGACACCUACCAGAGCCCGCCCUUCACCGAGACCUUAGACACCAACCCGAAGGGUUACCAAGUGCCAGCAUACUGAGCGGCGAGGGCCGUGUACCCACAGACCGAGUCCUACGGUGCCGUACACUUAACCGGUUGAUUGCAAAUGUAUUCAGUCCCAUUUCCUUAAUGUGGCAAAGUCAGUGCUGGGUUCCUUACUCUUAGCUAGUUGUGCAGUGAAUUCUGUACAGUGGUAUUGGUUCUUGUCUUACCUGUCCAAGGGUUUUAUAAAAGCAGUGUUCCCUCUAAGUCUGAAGGAAGGAAGGUUGCUACCACAUCACGUACACGUGGCAAAAGAGGAAUAAAUGCUCUCUCUGAGCCUUGAAACCAAGCAGUCGGCGCUGGGCUCUGCUGAGCGCCCAGAAUUCCUUUUUCCUGUUAGAAAACAGCGUAGCUGAGGAGUUGCUCUUUAUCUCGUUCUUCCAGAGCUAACACAGAACCAGUCUCGUGGCGGCGAGGGUGGGUGGGCAGCACUGGGGUUGGCCUCAUGCUGCUCUGCUGCGCAGCUUUCCUAUACAUAUUCCAUGGAAAGUGCCAAAUUCACAAGGAAUAAGUGGUGUCUGUGUUACUUUUAUUGUAUAUAGUUACUGUACAAAGAGAAAUCCACAUGCGUGUUUCCAACUUUGCUUUAGGAUGCAGGGGGCACAGCAGGUUGGGCUUGGGGUUGAGUAUCCGCAUCGCUCCAUCGCUUUGGCAGGGUCUGGGUUGAGAAUGUGCAAAGAUACCGUUGGGAACUGGAAACCAGUUCAGCAAUAGUUGGCUGCUACUUAGGAAUAGCCUUUUCUCAGUGGAAAAUAUGGUGCAUUGCAGUUGGGCUCCUUCCCCACGGGCUCGGAAAGUCUCUGAGUGGCAGCACUGACCACGUACUUGCCUCAGGCUCCGAGCUGCUGCUGGGGAAGGAGCGAGUGCCUCAGUGGCUCCAAGUCCAAGGAAUUAGGAGCUGUGUUGAACUUGGAUUUUUUUAUCCUGGGAGCAGCCACCACGCAUCGGCAGCUGCAGCCGAACCCCAGAGGCGAGGGUACAUUGUACCCUGUGGUCCCUAGGGACGAGGAGUUCGGCUGGAACACUGAAAAGGUUUCACAGGACAUUGAGGUCCAUCAUGCAGGACUCACGGCCCUGAGUGUGCAAAGAGUGGGAGAGGAGAGUGCAAAAUGCCUGUGCAAGGACUGAGGUUUGGUUUCAGCUGCGAAAUUCCCGCCUCGUCAAAACCAAGUAAAUGUGGACAAUCCAGUAGGUCCAUGUCAGCACCCUGCUCGUGCUCCUGCCCGUCUGCCCGCGCAGUGGCUCUGCUCCGAGCUAUUUGUCACUAAGGACCAAGCAAAGGAGCUGAAACUUGAAUUCCCCCUCACCUUGGUGGCAGCUCUGUCCUUAGAGGCCCCGGCUCUCACGGCUCCUGGUGAGCCAGGGUUUCGUCGUGCCACUUCCCAGCGGCAGAGCCUACCUGCUGCCUUCUGACCUCGUGACAGCAAUAGUUACCGGACUGCCCAGCUCUGCUUGUAGCAAAACCAUCCAGCGGGCUUCUCUGUCAUCAUUAACACAGCUUAUUCCUGCUGCUAGAUUGCAAAUAAAUGCUUUAGUUAAUUAAUAAGCAGCAAAUCUCAUCCCGAGUGGUCAUUAGUGGUGACCGAGCGUGUUACUGGACUCCCCUACCAGUCAGGCCGGGUUUAAUGUGCAUUCACAGCUCAGGCUUUGCUGGGCUGAGCUUCUGCUCACCCAAACGCUCUGGAGCUGCACAGGCUUUUCUUCGGGCAGCACUUCCCAGCUUCCAGUUUGUCCCGUGGUGGCACCAAAGCCUGGCACCAUGCCAUGGUCCCCACCGUGGGCUUUCCCGACAGCGGCAGCAGAGGCCACGUCUCUGCACCCAGCGCAGGGUACGGAGCGCUCAGCCCCGCUGCCCGGCAGGAGCUGGAUGACGCUGUGCUGCUUUAUCGCCUGCUCAGCUGCUGCACAGAGCAUGGAAGAGGUGACAGUGGGUCAGCCACCGGUGGCCCAUGCGAGCCAGGCGUGGCGAGCAGCGAGCCGUUCCUGCACUCAGUAGAUCAGGGCCACCCAAACCCCAGUGCGGGAAAAGCCUACCUUAACUCCAGGACCCCUGCAACUUCUCGGGAGUGAGUUUUGCUGGGAAAACCAAAAGCGAUGGAUUUUGACACAGGGUACGGUAGAACUGUAGCAAUAUUUUCCUUAGAGGGAACACUGAUGUUUUAGCAGCACAAACAGUACUUGUAUUAAUAUUUUAGCGAAAUUAUAAUCAAUUUAAAUGUUUAAAUUGAUUGUACGUGAGAUAAUGUUUGUUCGGUACGUUGUAUUUUUUCUAACUAUAUAACUGUUCCAGAGUUUCCUUGUAACCGUAACGCCCUAAAGCUCUGUCCGACUGCGGCCGCGUCCUCCCCCUGGUGUAACCGUGCUGAAUAUUACAACUGCUGAAUGUA